GAGGUGUUCAAACGUUUUCCCGACUCCUCUCAUGCCACGAGGCAAUGGUUUUCUGACUAACCUCUCGCGUUUAGCUCUAGUGAUUCUAAACAAUAAUAAUUGUAUCUCAAAUCACUUCACGCGUCAGACGGUGUGGUUUCUGUGGCAAAUGAAAUUCAAACAGAAUAAUGACCUUUUGUCAACUGAAAUUUCGUUCGGAUUUUAAUUCACUUUCUGUGGUGUUUUUUUAGUUUUGGUUUCGUUCAACUCAGUUCAUCGCAGAACAUACUUAUUGAAAUCGUUACCGUAUUAACUGGAAAACGUCUUGUAAAGAAUGUGGUAUUAAUACUGCGGUAGUUAUGAUGCAUUAAUUGGCGUGCAGUGGAGCACUAUAAUAAAGAAGUAGAUUAGUGACAAAAUGAAAAUUUUUUUAAAACUGUCUGGUUUGUUGUGCAUAGAGAUUUUUUUAAGCAUAAUGGUUAGAAUACCCAAUCCUUGAUACUUGUGUGUCGGUAUCACAAUGUUCAACCACUUCAUAGAGUAGCGUUUAUAGGUUACAAAGUUAAAAUGUUCUGCAUUGCUGCUUCUUUGGUUACAAUGUUUCUGCUACAAUAUGCAAGGAAGGAUGUGGUUGGUUAUCAGCUAGAUGUUCGAAGAGUGGACCGAAUUGUUUUGGAUAACUCAGAGAUUGAUGAAGGAAAUCUACAUAAGUUUCUAAAAGAACAUGAGAGGGUUUUGAUAUUUGGAACAAACGUAAUCGAUAAUUUUAACAUCGUCACCGUUAAAAAGAAGAGAAGGACAAUCCGUUCAUCUGACAGGUUCAUCAACUUCAAUCUCAGCAAUAGCAGUGAUGAAUCUAUUUCGUUACGGCUAGAAAAAUCCAACAUACUGAUAGAUGAAGCAUUUGCUUUUCUCGAGAGCUACGGAAAUUUGACACAACUCAUGAAUGACUCCUACAAUGUAGUGCAAAAAUACGCAAACUGUUUCUAUCGCAAUGACCAUGCAGCUUUCGACCUUUGUGAUGGUGAAGUGAGAGGUGUAGUUAGAUCAGUUCAUUCCGAACUGAUUAUUCAUCCACUGCCCAAACGAUUUGGUUCAAACAAAUACGUGGUAAUAAAUAAAACUCCAACGUAUACUCGCAUUAACCAGACUGAUAAAAGCAUCAAAUUUGAACCAGAUAUGUCUUUUUACGAACCGCAAAGGUUAUUUUUCGACAAAUUUAAGCGGAGCAAACGACAAUUAAAUACUGCCAAAAUUCCGAAUGUACUAUAUAUUGAGACUGCUAUUUUUAUAGACAAGGAUUUGUAUAGACAUAUGUUUAAGAAUUUUCCCAAAAAUACGGAGGCUAAUCUGAUUCGCUUCGUCCUAGCAAUGAUAAAUGGAGUUCAAUUAAUAUACAACCAUCCAUCACUGGGACACCCGAUUAAUUUCAUCCUCAAACGAUUAGAAGUUCUACACAAUGAACCAAAAGAUCUUCAGCGAUCAAGCGAUAUCGACAUAUACCUUAAUAGCUUUUGCGGUUGGCAACAAAAACUGAAUCCUGUUUCCGACGAUGAUCCAGUACAUUUUGAUCAUGCAGUAAUACUUACUGGGCUAGAUUUAUACGUUUUGAGCAAAACUGGGAAAGCAAGCAACCAAGUUGUUGGACUUGCUCCUGUGGCCGGUAUGUGCACAAGGACUUCCAGUUGCACCAUCAACGAGGGGAAACAUUUUGAGAGUGUGUUUGUGGUAUCCCACGAGAUUGGCCACAAUCUAGGAAUGCGUCAUGAUUCAUCCGAGAAUAACUGCGACCCGAGCUUGUAUAUCAUGUCUCCUACCCUUGGAAGUGGUAAAACUACAUGGUCGGCCUGUAGCCGCAACUAUUUGAAUUCUUUUUUAAAAACUAGUCAGGCACUUUGCUUGUUUGAUAGAGGACAAUUCGGACAAUAUUUGGACCAUGGCUCGGAAGGCAUCCUACCAGGAGAACGUUUCGAUGUCGAUCAACAAUGCAUGCUUAAAUAUGGAAAAGAUAGUGUUCGUUCCCAAGGUCAGAAUAUUGCUGAUGUUUGUCGAGAUCUCCACUGUCAAAGAGAUAGAUAUACAUGGACCUCUCACCCUGCAUUAGAAGGAACAUCGUGUGGAACAUUAAUGUGGUGUCGAAGCGGAGUGUGUGUAUCGAAAAUUCGGAUUUUAUCCGUGCAAUCAAAUGGAAAUUAUGUUACUGCUUUUAAAACUAUAGAUAAAAAGACAUUUUUAGAAGGCUUGAAGACUGCCAGCCUAAAACAAGAUAUUUCUCGAACUCUUGUUUCUGUUCCCAAAUGGAAUGUUUGGGGCAAUUCGACUGAAUGUGAAUCUGGUUGUUUAUACGGAGAAUCCGGUAGAUUAAAGGAAGGUAGCGUUGGUUUGCGACAAUAUACCAGAAAUUGCAAUGAUAAAAGAAAUGCAUGCAUUGGACUAAACAAAAAAUAUGAAACAUGUAUUGCAAAACAGUGCUACAAUAUUGUUCGAACCACAAUACUUGAAUUCGCGAACCAAAUUUGCGCUCGUGCCAAAGAAUUUGAUUCCGAUAUUUUGGGCCCGGGAAUACAAAAAGUGGCAAUUGAUGCAGAAGACGCAUGUAAAGUUUUCUGUGAAUCGACAACUGGUAAACCUAAAACAAAAGGGUGGAUAUUUCCAGACGGAACCGCUUGUAAAAUUCAAAAUUCGGAUAUUGAUGAUUUAUUUUACUGCAUCAGCGGAAGGUGUCAGAAAUUUACCUGCAACAGUUCAACUGAGAACUUCUACCGAAUAGAUCCUUUUUUUUGCCCCGAAAGUCUCUCUUCUACCGACAAAUAUAGUAACAGCAUUCAGCAAGAAAACGGCCGUGAUUACAAAAGUUUGAAGUUGAAAAAAUAUAUAUGGUCUUCUACUCAAGCACCGGCUAAGAUAUCGCAAACAAACAAACAUUUGUACAAUUCUAAUUUAAACAAGGAAAUUAGCUACGAACAAUGGAAUACUAGACAUCAUGAUACGUUAUCGCAGCUGCGAGCGCGGGCAAAUAAAUGGGAAGUCAAAUCAGGUUGUCACUUUAGUUGCAUAGGAAAAGCCAAGGGAAUCCAAAUAGUGGCCUCAAAAAUUGACAUUCGAACAAACAUUCAACUCUGCACACCGAAUGCAAUUGCAUGCGAUAAGGUUUCAACAACGUUCGAAUUCGCGACAGAGUUAUGCAAGCGCUUCCAACAGAAGGUACAAGGUCUAUCCGGUUUAGGUAUGCAAAUUGCAUCUAGUAUAGAGGAUCCGGAUAGAAGUUGUCGUGUUGCAUGUCAGGAUGCUUUUUUACAACAUCGUUUUUAUUUAGUGAAUGGAGAACAAGGACAUUUCCCUUUCGGAACUCGCUGUAAUCACAACGAAUUAAAUCGUUAUUGUGUUAAUGGCCAAUGCUUGCGUUUUGGCGAAGACGACACACCAGUUAAUGAAUCAUAUAACAGUUUACCACAUUUACGGAUCAAAAGACACGUAAGAAGGAAAAAGAGGCAUUUCGAUUUUUUUUCGCCUAUUAACAUUACUGAACGAGUUAGUCAAAAAUUUCUUGACACGUUGAUAGAGAAUAUCGAUUUUACCAAUAUAAAAGGCGAUAUAUUGGAAGACAGCAUCGAUUUCACGAAUCCAGUUCACUUUAUUCCAUGAUAUAAGUAAGAAACUUCCAUGCGCGUUUUAUUUGGUUUAAGUAAAAUCUCUUGUAAUUAAUUUAUUCUACCUGAUAUGUGAUAAAUUUAUAAAAUGUUUGAACCUGGUUUAUGAAUUUUUUAUAUGUACAGUCAUGGAGAAAAUUAUAAAUACACUUGCAGUUUUGGUUAAUUUUCCAUAUU